CUUGUACAGUCCUAGUAAGAACAUCACUAGGAGGUCUUGCUUUUAAUAUAAAAUUACAAAUUCAUUCAACAUGAAGGUUCUUAUUGUUUUCACCAGCCUUUUGGCGAUCUCAUUUGCUGGAUAUUAUCCACAACAUCAUUAUCCAAUCAAUAUCCCAGUGAUUGGACAUACUGGAGUACCAUUAGAACCCGCUGAAGUUGUACAUGCACGACAAGCCCAUUUAUCACAUGUUCAUGCAGUCCGAUCACAUCAAGGAGCUGGUGGUUAUUAUGGUGGUCAUGAUGGAGCUUAUGCUGGUGGAUAUGCUGGAUUAGGUGGUGCUGGACAUUAUGGAGGACAUUAUGCAGUACCAAUAAUUGGACACGGAGGUGUGCCAAUUGAUACACCCGAAGUACAAGCUGCGAAAGCUGCCCACUUUGCAGCACAUGCAAAAGCAGCAGCUGCCGCAUCUUAUGGUGGACACGGACAUUACCGUAGACGUCGUGGAAUCUAUGGAGGAUAUGCAGUACCAGUGAUUGGACACAAUGGUGUACCACUUGACACACCUGAAGUACAAGCUGCCAAAGCUGAACAUUUUGCUGCUCAUGCAAAAGCUGGUAGUGGUUUAGGACAUGGUUAUGGUGCUGGUUAUGGAGCUGCAGGACAUGGAGCAUACUUAGGUGGUCCAAGCUACGAAGCACACACUUACCCACAAUUAGCACAUAAUGGACAACCAAUUGAAACACCAGAAGUACAAGCUUUAAAACAUGCACAUUUCGCAGCACAUGCUGAAGCUCUAUCACGUGUUGGUGGGGGAUACCAUAAUGCUGGCGCUUAUGCAGGACAUGGUGCAGGAGCUUAUGCCGGACAUGGUGCAGCAUCAUCGUAUGCUAAUCAACAUUUAGGAGGUGCGGGAUAUGCAGGUCAUGGAGCCGCUAGUCAUGGCGCUUAUCAUGGACCAAUCCAUAUUCCAGUCAUUGGCCAUAAUGGUGUACCAUUAGAAACACCAGAAGUUGCACAUGCCAAACAAGCACAUUUCGCUGCACUCGCUGAAGCUUCAGCAAGAGCAGGCGCUCAUGGCCAUCAUGGUUCAUCAUACGAUGGACAUUACUAAAUUAAAAAAAGAACCUUCUAGUAUGAAUGAAAAUUUUAUAUAAUAGAGCUGUCGCCUAUUCUUAUAUAAGCACACUAGAACGUUUUUUUUUCUCGUCAAACUCAAUUUGUUUUUUUAUUUUUAGGAAGCUCCGU